CAACGUUCCGUUUCUUUCCCUAUCUCCUUCCGGCAAUGUUUUCGUUCCACUGACGACAAACAAACAAAAAUGGUUGUCACUUAAGUUGAGUCCGCCAAGCAGACGGAACACAACGUUCCGUGCCUUCUCCCGCCGGCAAAUGUCUUUGUUCCGACUGACGAUAAACAACGGAAGGUUGUCGCUUUCAAGCGCCUUUGAGAUACAUACAUAUACGUUCAUCCCACGGGGUCAACGUGGGGCACCGAUCACGCCAACUACUUCUUGCUUUUGAUAAUUCAACAAUGCCUCUUCCAAAGUUAGCUGUGAUCUUAGGAGCUUUCGCUUCUUUCUCUGGUUUCUUAUUCGGUUACGACACGGGUUACAUCUCAGGAUGUAAGGAGAUGGAAACUUUUGUUCGAACUUUUGGUCUUCUCCAACCUGACGGGACUUAUGUCUUGAGCUCGGGUAGAGACUCCUUGAUAACUUCAAUUUUAUCUGUCGGUACUUGCUUGGGAGCCUUAUGUGGCUCAAUGGUCGGGGAUCGUAUUGGCAGAAGAUUCGGUAUUGUGUUUUACAUCUGCCUUUUCUUCAUCGGGGUAGCUUUGCAAACCGGAUGUAAAAACCUUGCAGGAUUCGCUAUCGGUCGGGUAUUCGCAGGUCUGGGUGUAGGAGGCACAUCAUGUUUAGUACCAAUCUAUCAAGCCGAAUGUUCACCCAAAGCAAUCCGUGGCUUCGUCGUUGCUGCUUAUCAAUUCUUCGUAACCGUCGGAUUAUUGGUAGCUGCGUGUGUGGUUUACGCUACAAAGGGUCGUCCAGACAACUCAGCAUACGAGAUCCCCAUUGCUAUACAAUUCGUCUGGGGUGCUCUCAUCAUCGGUGGUAUGUGCAUCUUACCCGAAUCACCAAGAUGGUUACUUCUCAAAGAUAAACAAGACCAAGCGAAAAAAAAUUUAUCCAGAUUACUGGGUCAAGCUGAGAACAGUCAAGCUGUAAUCACUGAGUUUGCCGAAAUCUCAGCCAAUUUGGAACAUGAACGAUCGCUCGGUAAAGGUACCUGGAUGGAUUGCUUCAAAUACGGUGAAAGUAAAACUAGGCUGAGAAUCUUCACCGGUAUGGCCCUUCAAGCGUUACAGCAAUUGACUGGUGUAAAUUUCAUCUUCUACUACGGAACGACCUUUUUCUCCAAUUCGGGUAUAUCAAACCCUUUCCUAACUACAAUCGCCACAAACGUAGUCAACGUAGGAAUGAGUGUUCCUGGGAUGCUCGCUGCUGAUAGGAUCGGCCGAAGGCCCUUGAUGAUGUACGGUGCAGCAGGUAUGGCAGUAUCUCAACUUAUCGUCGCUGCCGUGGGUGUGGCUGUCGACACUUCCAACCAAGCUGGACAAAAAGCCCUGGUCGCUUUUGUCUGUAUCUAUAUCGCUCAUUUCGCUUCUACAUGGGGUAUCCUGGCUUGGGUCAUCACGAGUGAGAUUUACCCUUACGAGUUGAGAGGUAAAGGUAUGAGUUUGUCUACUGCUACCCAGUGGUUAUUCAACUUUGCUAUUGGCUACGCAACACCUUACCUCGUUGAUGUUGCUCCAGGAAGUGCAGGUUUGAAAACCAACGUCUUCUGGAUCUGGGGUGGCUGCUGUUGUAUCGCUUUCGUAUUCGCUUAUUUCUUCAUUCCUGAGACAAAAGAGCUCUCCUUGGAGCAAUGUGAUUUGCUCUAUCGAAACUCUACCGUACUCAAAUCAGCCGCCUAUCGAAGACAGAUCCUCGAGCAUGAUAUGCACGAUGAUGAGAUUGCGCAUUACGACUCUAACAAAAUGCCCAGAACGGAGCAUGUUGAAGAUUCAAAAGCUGUGGAGGAUGUGAAAGCGCAACAAAGUCAAUUGGACGAGUGGGACGCGUGAGAGGGGUAACGCGAGUAAGUGCGGUCAGAGAAAAGGCGUAGAUCUGCAGUGGCACAGUGUCUGUGUAUAUAAGUUUUUGAUGUUGUGGAAUGAUUAUUGUAUAUCGUCGAGUUGAAAAUCAAAAAAAGGUCAAUAGCCAACUUUCUAUUUUCAGUAUCAUCGGGUAUUAUCCGUCAGUAUCAGACAGAAACCAUGCAUAGGUGAAGCGAUGAAAUCUAAU